AUGUGCCAACAACAACAGUCACACUCUUCCCGGUCCGAAAGCAAGGUUGCCGCCGCGGAAGAUGGCACCAGGUCUGACGAGCCAUUCCCCUGGGACGGAGGUGUCUUUGACGCUCAUUGCCAUCCUACGGAUACAAUGUCUUCCAUAGCGAGUAUACCCGGCAUGCGUGCCCGGACUCUCACCAUCAUGGCCACACGAUCCCAGGACCAAGACCUUGUUGCAUCUGUCGCCUCGCAGCACGGCAUCCAGUCUAGGGCUGCAUUGACUUCGGCGAGCCAGAGCGACGGACGAGUCGUCCCCGCCUUUGGAUGGCACCCGUGGUUCUCAUACCAACUAUACGACGACGCCCUCCCCGCCGGAAAAGCAACAUACGACCCAUCCUCGGGGGACAUGACUUCCCAAAAGGCCCGGCACUACCGCGCCGUCCUCAACCCGGAGCCGGACCCGUCAUUCAUAGCCUCACUCCCGGACCCCGCGCCCCUGAGUAGCUUCCUGUCAGCGACCCGCUCCCGCCUGCAGGCCCACCCCCUGGCCCUGGUUGGCGAGGUCGGCUUGGACAAGAUAUUCCGGCUGCCCGAGGCGUGGGCGGACGGCGAGCGCGAGCGCAAGCGCGAGGACGAAGGGCUGACGGCGGGGGGGCGGGAGGGCCGGCGGCUCAGCCCGCACAAUGUCGGGAUGGCGCACCAGGCCGGGGUGCUGCGGGCGCAGCUGCGGCUCGCCGCGGAGCUGGGCCGCGCGGUCAGCGUCCACGGCGUCCAGGCCCCUGGCGUGCUGUUUGACCUGCUGCAGUCGACGUGGAAGGGCCACGAGCGCCUGUCGCGGAGGGAGCGGCGGAUGGUCGCGGCCGGGGCGGAGGACUUCUCGGAGUCGAGUGGUGAUGAGGAUGAGGGCGAAGGCGGAGGCGAAGGCGGGUCUAACGGAGAGCGACGGGAGCCGACGGCCCGCGCGAAACCUUACCCGCCGCGGAUAUGUCUACACUCGUUUAGUGCCCCAGUUGAGGUCAUGAAGCAGUACCUGAACCCGUCGAUACCUGCUCGCAUCUUCUUCUCCUUCUCCGUUGUCGUCAACCUGUCCACGGCCGGGGGCGAGAAAAGGUUCCCCGAGAUGAUCCGCGCUUGCCCUGAUGAUCAGCUCCUUAUCGAAAGUGACGUGCACUGCGCCGGUGAGGAUAUGGACCACUAUUUGGAACAUAUGUACCGCAAGGUCUGCGAAAUCAAGGGCUGGACGCUGCAGGAGGGGGUAGAGAGGGUAAGGAAAAACUACGAGGAGUUUGUAUUUGGCUGA